AUGCUGCUGGCUGGGGAAGGACAGCGGCUGGGCCCAAGGAGGAGACAUGCAGCAGCAGCAGCAGCAGCAGCAGCGCAGCAGCAGCAGCAGCAGCAGCAGCAGAACCAGCAGCAGCAACUGCAGCGCAACGGGAAGGCAGAAGCUCUCUGGCAGCCUCAACAGCAACAGAAGCAGCUGCUGCAGCAGCAGCUAGUGCAGCAGCAGCUGCAGCAGCAACAAGUACAGCACCAGCUGCAGCAGCAACUCGUGCAGCAGCAACUUGUGCAGCAGCAGCAGCUGCAGCAGCAGCAAGCGCAGCAGCAGCUGCAGCAAGAGUAUGGAUUUCCGUCGGCUAGCCCCCCUGAAGAGGCUAUGCUGCCGAAUGAGCAUUCCUUCUCUACGCUGCAGGAGCUGCAGCAGCAGCAGCACUUGCAGCAGCAGCUGCAGCAGCAGCUGCAGCAGCAGCUCCAGCAGCAGCUGCAGCAACAGCUGCAACAGCAGCUGCAGCAACAGCAGCACAUGCAACAGCAGCUACACCACCAACAGCUGCAACAAAGUCAUACUGCACUGCAGCAGCAGCAACACCCACACCUGCAGCAGCAGCAGCAACCCUCUCCUCUCUCUGCUUCGCAGCUCCAGCAGCAGCUGCAGCAACAGCAGCACAUGCAACAGCAGCUACACCACCAACAGCUGCAACAAAGUCACACUGCACUGCAGCAGCAGCAACACCCACACCUGCAGCAGCAGCAGCAACCCUCUCCUCUCUCUGCUUCUCUAAACCCUCAUGAAGCACCGCACCAGCAGGACCUUACGCAGCUGCAGCAGCUGCAGCAGCAGCAGCAGGAGCAGCAGCAGCACAUACAGCAGCAGCAGCAGCACAUCGAGCAGCAGCAGCAACAGCAGCAGCAGCAGCAGCAGCAGCAGCAGCAGCAGCAGCAGCAGCAGCAGCAGCAGAACAAGAAAUACUGGUAUGAGAUUAUCCCUGAAGUAUGCGAAAGGGCCCCCCCCCCGCUGCUUGAGCGGCAUGUGGUUGCUGGUGCAGCAGAGGGGCCCCCUGUUCUGCUUCCUGGUUCAGCAGCAGCAGCAGCAGCAGCAGCAGCACUGCAUCCAAAGAAGACAGAAAUGCGUUUGUUUUUACGUCGAUUGGGAGGAAGAUAUGUUACAGAGACAGGAGAAGAAGAAGCAGCUCUUGCAGCAGCAGCAGCAGCAGCAGCACUGCAUCCAAAGAAGACAGAGAUGCGUUUGUUUUUACGUCGAUUGGGAGGAAGAUAUGUUACAGAGACAGGAGAAGAAGAAGCAGCUCUAACAGCUAAGCUGCAGCAGCUGCAGCAGGAGCUCAACCGUGUACACUUACUCAUGGGUAGGGGGCCCCCAGUGCAGCAGCAGAAAGAUCCCCCAAAGUGUUUGUGCGGAGCAGCAUGCUUGGAUGCUGCUGUUGCUGCUGCUGCAGCAGGAGCAGAUGUUGCUGCUGUGCUGCAGCAGCAGCAGCAGCUACCACUCCAUGGAGAUACCAUCAUGGCGGAGAUGGUUUGGAGUGUAUGGGGAGCUGUCUGUGGUGUCUGCGGUGUACAGACACAAGACGGGGGCGCUGACGGUAUUGGGGAGGCGGCUAGCCCUCGUGAAGAAAGCAAACAACAUCAGCGAAACAUGCAGCAACAGCAGCAGCAGCAGCAGCAGCAGCAGCAACAACAGCAAAAGCAACGGCGGCGUGUACAGUCGCCGCGGAGUUCAAAGGAGGACAAAUCCAGCGCAGCAGCAGCUUCAUCCUCAGCAGCAGCAGCAGCAGCAGCAGGAGAAGCAGCAGCAGCAGCAGCAGCAGCAGCAGCAGCAGGAGGGGGUGAUGAUGAGGAGUUUGAUGCCUCAGGAGAACAGGCAGAGCAGCAAGAGGCUGAGGAUAUGCAGCUCGAUGCAGAAAUGGAAAAAGAAGAAGAAACAGAAGAAAAUGAAUUAAAUAAUAACAACGAAAGCGAAGCAAAUGAUCUAAAAAAAGAGGCAGAAGAACCUCUUGAAGAACUGCUCAAGCGGUACGGCUACGCAAGCGUUGCAGACUUUCGCAGGAAGGGGAGAGAAGAAGAGAGAAACACAGAAGAAGAAGAAAACGAAGACGAAGAGGCAGAGGCCUCCACAGGAGAGGAGCAGCAGCAGCAGCAGCAGGAGCAACAGCAGCAGCAGCAAACAGCAGCAGCAGCAGCAGCAACAGCAACAACAAACAGUGUAUCGGAUGAGAAACUACACACAGCAGCAACCAACAACAGCAACAGCAACAGCAACAGCAGCAGCAGCAGCAGCAGCAGCAGGACGCGUCCGCGUCGAGCGGCCAGCCGUCGCGUAUUGCAGCAGUUUGCGGAUUUGCAGCAGCAGCAGCAGCAGCAGGAGCAACAGCAGCAGCAGCAGCAGGAGCAGCAGCCAGAAAAGAAUAAAGAAGAAGAAGAAGAAGAAGAAGCAGAAGAAGAAGGAGACAAACUUGCUGCUCUAAUUGCAGAGAGAGAUGAAGAGGACCUGCAGCUAGACAAAGAAAUACACAGCAGCGACGAUGAGUCAGAAGCAGCAGCAGAUGAGCUCAUCCACGAAGCAGAUGCCCCUCUUAGUGAAAUACUCAAGUCUUCAGAUUCCUCUCCGCAGCAGCAGCAGCAGCAGCAGCAGCAGCAGCAGCAACAGCAGCAGCAGCAGAAGUUGAAGGUGAAGCAGGAAAGCGAGGUUUCCGAGGCUGCAGCAGAGAAUGGCAAAGCGAAAGCAAAGAAAAACCGCCAAGGGUUGAAACCCGAGCAGCAGCAGCAGCAGCAGCAGCAGCAACAGGAGCAGGAGGAGGAGCAGCUGCUACUGCAGCCACCUCCCCCUCCUCCUCCUCCUCCUCCUCCUCCGCAACAGCAGCAGCAGCAGCAGCAGCAGCAGCAGCAGCAGCAGCAGCAGCAGGUUGUGAAUCCUCUGCCUCUAUCUCGUUUGCUUCGUGCUCGAUUGCGGGAAUAUCAGGCCGAAGGCGUAGAUUGGCGUUUAUCCGUUCCGUUGACUCGUUUGUUGCUGCGGGAAAUACACAGCAGCAAAGCAGCAGAAGAAGCAGCAGCAGCACUUUCGGAGUUUAUAGAUCCUUUCUUUGGUUCUCUUCCUCCUUUUUCUCAGUCCGAAGCAGCAGCAGCAGCAGCAGCAGCAGCAGCAGCAGCUCCUGCUGCUGCUGCUGCUGCUGGUGGUGGUGGUGGCAGCAGCAAGAAAGAAAACAAAACGCAUGCAGAUGCGCAUAUAGAACAAAUUCUCUCUGCUUUUAAUUUACCUAUUUUAAGGGACCCUUGUCUCCUCUCUGUCGAUGAAAUACCGCCCCCCACAUUCAUUCCUUUCUCUGUAUCUAGUGCAGCAGAAACCAGUGCAACACAGCAGCAGCAGCAGCAGCAGCAGCAGCUGCAGCAGCAGCAGCAGCAGCAGCAGCAGCAAGUGAAGGGGAGUGCGUCCGCGGACUUCGUCUGUGGCGUUGCUGCGAGUUCGUUAUAUCCGAAGGAUGAACAGCAGCAGCAGCAGCAGCAGCAGCAGCAACAGCAACAGCAGCAGCAGCAGCAGCAGCAGCAGCUGUCUCCUGUAAGCGAAACGGGCUGUAUCGCCUCAUGGAAGGAAAACCACCACCAGCAGCAGCAGCAGCAGCAGCAGCAGCAGCAGCAGCAGCAGCAGCAGCAGGAGUUUCCUUUUGUAUGGGGCCCCCAGGGUCUGAUAGACAGCAGCUGGUUUUUAGGGGGGGCCUUUGGUGCUGCUAGUAUUCCCGAUAUAGCGGGUAUGAUGCAGCAGCAGCAGCAGCAGCAGCAGCAGCAGCAGCAACCAGACGAAGACAUGCUGCCUCUUCCCCCUAAAUUUUUACAUUACCAGGUGUCUAUGGAGCUGAGUGGUGAUGAGGAUUUGCUGCUGCAGCAGGAGAGUACUGCAGCAGCAGCAGCAACAGCAGCAGCAGCAGCAACAGGAGGAGUAGUACCAGGUACAGCAGCAGCAACAGCAGCAGCAACUGCAGCAGCAACUGCAGCAGCAGCAGCAGAUAGCAGCAACACAGAUGCUGCUUUUGUCUCUUCUCGUUGUAAAAUGCAGCAGCAAGAACUGCUAGGCAAAGGCCCUGGUGUCAGCAGCGGCUUAAAGGUAAUAUAA